AUCCUCAUCGUGUUCUGUCCAUCAUAAGCUGUCUUUUAAUCUUCGUUUUCAAUUCUUAGUAGGAGAGAGAAGCGUCUAAGAAACGACAUUCCGUUGAGAUUGGAUUGUGUUUUCUCCAGAUCGAGACGAGGAGGAUGAAGAUAGCUAUUGGGUUUUUUGAUUCUUGUUGGGUCCUUCUUUCUUCCCGCUUUUGAAUCUGCUUUAUUUUUUGGGGGUUGAGAUUCUAAAUUAGGGUUUCGUGGGUUAUAUUGAUGGAAUCUCGUGUUGGAAACAAGUUUCGCCUUGGCCGGAAGAUCGGUAGCGGUUCCUUCGGGGAGAUCUAUCUGGGUUCGUCACUCUUUUUGUAUUUUUUAAAAUCGUUGUCUGAGUUUGACAUUGAUGCAUUGUUUGAUUUUUUUUCAGGUACUAAUAUUCAAACGAAUGAAGAAGUUGCAAUCAAGCUUGAAAGUGUGAAGACGAAACAUCCUCAGCUGCUUUAUGAAUCGAAGUUAUACAAGAUUCUACAAGGAGGAACUGGUGUCCCAAAUGUGAAAUGGUACGGUGUUGAAGGGGACUACAAUGUUUUGGUGAUCGAUCUACUAGGGCCGAGUCUUGAAGAUCUGUUCAAUUUCUGUAGCAGGAAACUUUCCUUGAAGUCGGUCCUCAUGCUUGCUGAUCAAAUGAUCAACCGUGUUGAGUUUUUCCAUUCAAAAUCUUUCCUUCACCGAGAUCUCAAGCCUGACAAUUUCCUCAUGGGCCUUGGAAGGCGUGCCAACCAGGUUUACAUCAUCGACUUUGGUCUAGCUAAGAAGUACAGAGAUAGUACAACACAUCAGCACAUUCCCUACAGAGAAAAUAAGAACCUGACAGGAACUGCACGUUACGCUAGUAUGAACACCCACUUGGGAAUUGAACAAAGCCGAAGGGAUGAUCUAGAGUCUCUUGGUUAUAUCCUUAUGUAUUUCCUCAAAGGAAGUCUUCCUUGGCAAGGACUGAAAGCUGGAAACAAGAAGCAAAAGUACGAGAGAAUUAGCGAAAAGAAAGUUUCCACAUCCAUUGAGGUCUUAUGUCGGGGUUACCCAUCAGAAUUUGCAUCCUAUUUCCACUACUGCCGGUCGCUUCGUUUUGAUGAUAAACCAGACUACGCUUAUCUCAAACGGAUAUUCAGAGAUCUCUUUAUCCGUGAAGGAUUUCAAUUUGAUUACGUGUUUGACUGGACCAUCUUGAAGUACCAACAAUCACAACUAACCGCUCCUCCUUCUCGUAAUCUCAACCCUGCGGUUGGAACUAGCGCAGCAUUGCCACCUGGCGUUUCCAACAUUGAUAGAUACACAGGCGAGGAAGAAGGGCGACCGGUUGGUUACUCGCAUAUGGAAUCAUCUCGACGGAGAGCUUCAGGCACUCUUGACCACUCAGGGAAUCUUUCGAACCAACAGACAUCAUCAUUUAACAGAGAAUCCAUGAUGCCGAGCUCCUCGAUGUUUGCACAAUCAGCAGGAUCAUCGAGGAGAGUAGCGGCAGUGAGCAGCCGAGACAAUCUUCUGAGCGGGGAAGAGUUUCAGAGAAGCCACCGUACAGGUGACGUAAGCCGCGGAGGAGUGAUCUCUAGGAACUCCCCUGUGGAGGCUGGGAAGAGGUCUUCUUCCUCGAGAAGACACUACGAAUCAGCCAUCAAAGGCAUUGAUAAUCUUCAAGUCUCCUCCGACGACAAGUUUCACCACCACCACUGAUAAUAAUAAUAAUAACACAACAUUAAUUGUACUUGCACCGUAUUGGUCAAACGACCUCAGAAGUUUCAUAUGUUUUUCUUCUUCUUAAUUACGCACUACGAAAGUUUGAAUACAAUCGAGUUAAUCCACUUUAAA